AUGGCCGCGACAAGCGCCCAAAGUCGCCCGCCAUCGACGACCCCGCUCCCAAGAAGCCGCGACACACGAGGUGGGUCCUGCCUCCUACUUCUUUGGGGCGCAAACGAAGCAAUCGACUUGUUUCGUAGCAGCGAAGCGCUGCAAGGCGGCUUUGAGUUUAGCGGCGACCAACCAAGCGGCUUUGAGUUUGGCGAUGGUCAACACGACGACUUUGAGCUUGGCGGGUGGUCGCCGACCGAAGAGACCAAAGAGCCCGAGUCUCAGGCUUCGAGUCGACCAGGCGGCGCUCCGUCACCCGAGAUUUCACGUUGCGACUUUGGUUCGACCCGCCGCGACGCGACGGUCUAUCCCGAUUCUGAAGUCCAGUCGUUCGUCGCCACCCCCGACGAGACCGAGCUCUCGGGCGCCGAGCAGGCGGAGGCUGUGGCCGAGCAGCAGCGUCGCGGCGCCAAGAAACGCCAGGGCCGCCCGCCCGGCAAGGCGAAAAGCUUGCGUGGACCUGCAUUCAGCGCCCGCAAGAAGAUGCACCGCAUGCCAGCAUUGCCCACCGACCGCUGUACGCGCCAGCAAGGACCAGCGCCGGCGCCGCUGCCGCUGCCACCAGGGCGCCGAGACGAGGGGCUCACGCCCGAGCAGAAGAUUGCGCAAAAUGCCCGAAGGGACGCUGCUACCAAGAACACGAUGAGACUGAACGAGAUCAAGAGACGCGAACAAAAGAGCAUCCGGGCUGCGACGCCCGAGGAGCGCCCAGCGUUGCGCGAGUACCAGCGCACGUGGCCCUCGGUCGGCACCUACAUCUGCGAUUUGUUCCCCAACUCAAAGUGGGUCGAUCCCGCUUCGGACGAGCACACGUGCAGCAUCUGCUUUGAUCCCUACGAGCCAAACGACGUCGUCGUGCGCUUGCCGUGCGCGCACGUUUACCAUCGCCACUGCCUUCAAGGUUGGCUCCUCAACCACGACAAAUGUCCGCUCUGCAUUCGCCCAGUCAUCACUUAUAAAUAGUGAAGGACAACAGUAUUUGCAUUCGAUUUUCGAUUAUUUGAUAUUGCAUGGGACUCGUUGUUGC